GCCUUGCUCUGGGUUGAGAAGCUAGUCCAAACAGGCCUCUCCCACAUUCCCUGGCUGCUCUCCAGCCUGCGGGAACCGAGAGAACCUUAACUUCAGGGACUGUGAGGGCCGAGCAGAGGCUGCUAAAGGGAACCACCGAGUGAAGGGGGAUCCUCUGGCUUCCAGAUGUUAGGCCUUCUGGGGAACACAACCGUCGUGAGCUGGAUCACAGGCAUUGUGCUGGCUCUCUUAAUGCUGGUUAUGCUGUUGGCCGUCUGUCUUUUCCACAGAUCACGGGAGCAUGACGUGGAGAGAAACCGAGUCCGGCAAACCCGGCCUCGACUCUUCCAUGGCCGGCGCCUGGGUCUCCUGGGAGUCUCUCACCAUCACCGUGGCCAUGUGUCUGGGGUGACCAGUGCAGGCUUUCAUCACCACCACCAGCACCUCCACCGCCAGCAUCACCGUUCUCCUCAUCGUCUCCACCAUCACCAUGCUCGCGGAGCCCGCCACUGAGGCCAAUGGAUGGUACCUACCUGGCCCUGCCCUCCACCCAGCAUGGAAAUGAGUGGGCUCUGUUGUCUCCAUAGAAGAGGCUGUGUCUUUGGGUUAUACGGGGGGGGGGGGCUGAGUUUGGCUUGGAUUUCAUUUGUAUAUGAGCCCUUCUUGAACUGUGCAACAGAGACCUGAGAACCACUGCAGGGCUUGGGCUUGGAGCAGGGCUGGCUGGACACCCUACCUUGUGACUACAAUCCCUGGUGACCCCAGAAGUAACAAGAGUGUCUGGUAGAAGCAGUGCCCCAGUGGAUAUGAAGUGCUCGUCUGAGUGGGAAGGCCCUGGGAUGUCCUUCAAGGGGCAGAAUGUGUGCGACAGCCUGGCCCGUACAUUGUUCAUCCAAACGUUCAGUGUUGCUUGGCUAUAAGAAAUAAAA